GUAAAAAUGACGGUUCGCGUUUCGCGUCGGCUCUAAAUUAAUUAAAUAAAUCGGUGAUCUGUGCAGGCGUGUGGCUGUGUGCGUUCGCGAAUAAAGUAAAUAGAAGUUGCCCAGCCAGCGCAAAUACGAAACAAGCUCCAAUUGAGCGAAAUAAUUGAAGUGCAUUGCGAGUUAAAGAACUGCGUUGUGCGUCGCUGUCGAUGUCGGUGUUGUUGUUCUGGUUAGUGUAGGGCUGGGUUACACGUUAAAUAAUUUAACUGUGUCGACGUAAAUCGUGUAUUAUUAACACUCGUUCGCAUAUUAUUUGUAAAAUAAGCAUAACGGCGAAUUUUGUGUGCCAAAAUAAAGUGCUUCGCAAAACGAAAGGAAAACGAGUUUCUGGGUGUUGAGAAAGCCAAGCAAACAAUACAAAGAUAAAACAACAUCAAUUUUAUAUCUGCGCGGUGUUGUAAGCAUUUAAAAAUAUAAAAAUUGCCACGAAAAUAUAUGACCACAAAAAUUUGGAAACGUGUAAAUUGAGUGGAAUGCCGCAAUUGAGCUACUUUUGAGUGCAUUCUUCGGCGUUUGUUUUGAGGGAAAACCGUAACCAGUUUUCUGCUCUGAGUUAAUCGCAGCUUGAGUCAUCUCGGACGAAAGGCUGAUGACUGUCGCUUCUCUCAGUCCAAUGUGAUCCAGUCAGAGCAGCUGCAUCAGUUAGAGAGAACACACUGCUAUCACUGCCAUCAUGUUUCGGCUGAUCCUCAUCGCCUGUUUGGCCCAGCUGGCCCUGGCUCAGGCGGAUCUCAAGGAUCUGGAUGGACCCAAUAUCUGUAAAAGGCGGGAAACGUAUCCCGUGGAAGUAGUCUACACUGAACUGCAAUCAUACCAGGAGCGGGGCUCCACUUGGUGCAUGACCAUUCCGCCUCGCUGCUCCACAUAUCGCAUUAAACACCGAGUGGUGAACAAGACGCAGACAAUAAUGAAGAACCGAGUUGUGCGCGAUUGUUGUGAUGGCUACAUUGCCAGUGCCGGAGAAUGCGUUCCGCAUUGCUCGGAGCCGUGUCAGCACGGUAGAUGCUAUGCACCGGAGAAGUGCAAGUGCGACCAUGGCUAUGGAGGACCCGCCUGUGAUAUAAAUUGCCCGCCGGGCUGGUACGGCCGGAACUGCUCGAUGCAGUGCGACUGCCUAAACAACGCGGUCUGCGAGCCCUUCACCGGCGAGUGCGAGUGCGCCAAGGGCUAUGCCGGCGUCCGCUGUGCCGAGCUCUGUCCGGAGGGUUUCUUCGGGGCCAACUGUUCGGAGAAGUGCCGCUGCGAGAAUGGUGGCAAGUGCCACCACGUUUCCGGCGAAUGCCAGUGUGCGCCUGGCUUUACGGGUCCCCUAUGCGACAUGCGCUGUCCGGAUGGCAAGCACGGUGCCCAGUGCCAGCAGGACUGUCCCUGCCAGAACGACGGAAAGUGCCAGCCAGAGAGCGGCGCUUGCAUGUGUAAUCCCGGCUGGACGGGCGAGGUGUGCGCCAACAAGUGUCCCGUGGGCAGCUACGGUCCAGGAUGCGAGGAGUCCUGCGAGUGCUACAAGGGAGCGCCCUGCCAUCACAUAACGGGCAAGUGCGAGUGUCCUCCUGGAUACCUGGGCGAGCGCUGCUUCGACGAGUGCCCGCUGAACACUUACGGAUUCAACUGUAGUCAGACGUGCAACUGCAUGAAUGACGCCACCUGUGAUCGGGCCAACGGAUCCUGCAUCUGCAACCCUGGAUGGCGGGGCGCCAAGUGCGAGGAGCGAAUCUGCGAAAAGGACAAGUACGGCAUGGACUGCAACAGCACCUGCGAAUGUGACAUGGAGCACACGGAGCUGUGCCACCCAGAGACGGGGAAGUGCCACUGCAGCAUCGGCUGGAGCAGUGCCCAGUGCACCAGGCCAUGCACCUUCUUGCGCUACGGGAACAACUGCGAGCAGACCUGCAACUGCAAGAACGGAGCCAAGUGCUCGCCGAUCAGCGGAAAGUGCCUCUGUGCGCCAGGCUGGACGGGAGCCACCUGCGAGGAGAAUUGUCCACCGGGCACCUUCGGACAAGACUGCGCCCUACACUGCGACUGCCAGAAUGGAGCCAAGUGCGAGCCGGAGACGGGUCAGUGUCUGUGCACUGCCGGCUGGAAGAACAUCAAGUGCGAUCGUCCCUGCGACCUCAACCACUUUGGACAGGACUGUCGAAGCGUUUGCGACUGCCAGAACAACGCCGCCUGCAAUUCUCAGAACGGAACCUGCACCUGUGCCGCAGGCUGGAUGGGUGAACGAUGCGAUCGGAAGUGCGAGAAAGGCAGGUUCGGACACGGAUGCAGCCAAAAGUGCCAGUGUGACUUCAACAACAGUCUGGCCUGCGAUGCCACCAACGGACGCUGUGUAUGCAAGCAGGAUUGGGGAGGCGUUCAUUGCGAGACCAACUGUCCAAGCGGUUACUAUGGUGACAAUUGUGAUAAAGUUUGCAGAUGCCUGAACAACUCCUCCUGCGACCCCGACUCUGGCAACUGCAUCUGUUCGCCCGGCUGGACGGGCGCCGACUGUGCCGAGCCCUGUCCGAGUGGAUUCUAUGGCAUGGAGUGCAAGGAGCGAUGCCCAGAGAUCCUUCAUGGCAACAAAAGCUGUGAUCAUAUUACCGGCGAAAUCCUCUGUCGCACUGGCUACUUAGGCCUGAUCUGCGAACAUCCAUGUCCGGCUGGACUCUACGGACCCGGCUGCAAGCUCAAGUGCGACUGCGAUCACGGCGGCGAGUGCAACCAUGUGACUGGACAGUGCCAGUGCUUGCCGGGUUGGACUGGUGCCAAUUGCAAAGAGCCUUGUCCCACGGACACGUACGGCCAGGGAUGCGCCCAGCAGUGUCGCUGUCUGCACCACAAGGUUUGUCGCAAGAACGAUGGCAUGUGCAUAUGCGAGAAGGGCUGGAUGGGCACCCGAUGCGACGAGGUCUGUCCGGAGGGCUUCUACGGCGAGCACUGCAUGAAUCCCUGCGCCUGUCCCUCAGCCAACUUCCAGUGUCAUGCGGCCCACGGCUGUGUCUGCCGGAGUGGCUAUACGGGCGACAAUUGUGACGACCUCAUUGCUUCCCAGCGCGUAGCCGAUCAGGGCGAAGAUUCGAGCCGAGCCAGCGUGGCUUUGACCUUAGUCCUCAUGACCCUCUUUGCCUGCAUCUUUUUUGCCGUUUUCUUCUACUACCGCCGAAGGGUUUCUAACCUAAAGACAGAGAUUGCCCAUGUCCACUACACGCACGAAACAAACGCCACCGGCUGGCCGCCCAGCAAUCACAACUUUGACAAUCCAGUGUACGGGAUGCAGGCGGAGACGCGUCUCCUGCCCAACAAUCUGCGGAAAAUGAACAACUUUGACCAGCGGAGCACCGUGAGCACGGACUACGGCGGCGAUGACUCCAAUGCCAGUGGCAGGGUGGGCAGCUAUUCGAUCAACUACAAUCAUGAUCUCCUAACCAAGAACCUGAAUGCGGAUUUGACCAAUCCAAUUGUGUACAACGAGUCGCUGAAGGAGGAGCAUGUAUACGAUGAGAUCAAGCACAAAGAGGGCUAUAAGGAUCCCGUGAAAAUUUAUAGCAAGAUUUUGUUUCCCGAGGAUGAGUAUGAUCACCUGGAUUACUCGCGACCAAGCACCUCGCAAAAGCCGCACUAUCAUCGCAUGAACGAUGCCAUGCUCAACAUCAACCAUGACGAGGAGGAGAAGCCCAGCAACCUAAAGAAUAUGACGGUGCUGCUGACGAAGCCGGAGCCACCCGUAGAGCCGGAGCCGCAGCACGAGAGUUUCGACAAUACAAACACCAAUCUCGACAAUGUGUCGACGGCGUCGCCCAGUUCCAGUCCGGAGUUCCGCAAGUAAUGAAAUGGUUACCGGGACAGUCACUUUUUCCCCUGAAUAGAACUUAAGUUGCGCUCGUGAGCGACGUCGAUAUAUUUUACGCAGACUUGUAGCUUAAUUUAUUGUCGUAGCAUUUUUAGUUGUGUAUGUGAAUUCUGUGUAGCAAUUUGUCCUACAAUUUGUAACUUUGUAUUUGUCCUUCUGUAUUUCGUUCAGUUAAGUCGAAAGUGUGCUCAGUCAAUUGUAAAUUAUUAUCAACUUUUGUAAAUGUCUACUUCAUUCGUUUCAAAAUUCUACUAACGAUGCAUGCUCAUUCGGUCUUUCUUCAUCUACGCGAUUAACACCCUAAGUGAAACCAUAUUAAAUUAAGUACCUAUCUUCCUGUUAAAAUUUGUGGAGCGUCUCUGAGAGAAGCUCGUCCGGAUCGAGGUUGCAAUAAUUUUAGGAACAAACCUAUGCAUAUACAAAAAUUGAUAUCAAUAGCUUAUCGUAAGCACAUAUAUAUAUAUAUAUAUUUUCAUAAGUCACGUAUUUGUGCAUAAGCAAUAACUUUAAACUGAGAACAAAAUCGACCCGCGAGUCAAGUAAAUUGUUAAAGUAAUUGCUGAUUAUCUGUAAUAUGGAAACGAUUGGCCAAAAAACAACAAAUUGUAUUAAACUCAAGCCCGAUUAAUAGAUUUUAAAUGAAAUUUUAACGAGUAGCUCAAAUAUUGGAAUAUCACGAUUGUGUCAAGUUUUUAACCAAGUUAAUUUAUGUUACUGCUCAUAUACCCAAUCGAAUGCAGAUAAUAAAAUCAUAAUUACAAAUAUUUUA